AUGCACGUACUACACGGCUUCGGCCAGCGACGAAAGUCGUCUCGCCGCCCUCGAGAUCUCCAUAUUCGAAAGGUCUCAUUUUCAGGAUCCUCCCUCUCCUCCGGCUGCUCUCUCUCAUCAUCCUCAUCAUCAACUAUCUCCGCAGUAUCGACACCAUCCCUGCAAACACCAACAGCUUCUCGACCCGAAAUCGAUCCUCUCGCCUCACACCCCGCCGUCCACGCACCACCAAGGCUGUAUGAACGACCAUUUAUUCGCAUGGAUGAUGCCGAGCCUGUCUUCUAUUGUGCCGACAAUGCAGUGAUCGAUGAGGAGGACUAUGUUGAGCAAGACGUUGCUGCUCAACAACCAACCGAGAUGGCCCUACCUCCUCAUGUCAGCCCAAUGGAUGCUGCUGAUGAGGAGGGCAAUGAGCCAAGGGAUUACUUCUUCACAACGCUAUCAAAACGACCACCGAUGCCCAAGUCUCGUUGGUCUGAAUCUACUAUCCAGAGCAUCCAGACCUUUGAGGAUGAGGAGGAUGACUCCGAAGUCACUCAGUCUGAAGACUCUGAAGAUGAGACCGAUGAUGCUUCAGUCCUUGAGAUGCGUCGUCUGUCACGACACGCCUCAGCACUGAAGCCUGUCUCCAUCAACACAACCUAUACUGCCCGACCUGGUCUGGCACCUAAGCGUCCUCCCAUGCGCUCCCUGGACAGCGUCGACAACUUUAUCCGACGCGGAGGAUGGAAGCGUCGCGGCAUCGUCUUCCACAAGGAUGACCUUGACAACCAGCGAUGCGAGCAGGACCGCAACAGCUUCUAA